AUGGCCAGGACACGAGCUAAUGUUGUGAAGACAUUGCACACCUGUGUUAUGGCCCUCAUUGGCGUUUCAGUUGCGUUUCUUCAACUGAAGCAACAAUCUCCAUUCAAGACAGACUAUGCGACCAUGGUGGCCUUUCUGAUUGCUAUCUGUAUCUAUGUCAUGACUGGACUAGCGAGCAUCAAGUGCAACGGUAUCGCCGAAGAGGUGUCGACAAAAGUGAGCCUCUUAUCAGGGUUGCUUGCUUCCGUAUUGCUGAUUCUCGUCAUGGUUCCAGGUUUGGGGUGGGUCUGUUUGGUUUUGUGGGUGCUUUUGGUUGUCACAAUUACUUAUAAAAAGAUAUCUAUAAGUCGGCGUCCUAAACUGGCGCAGGAAGACGAUCAAUCUCGGAAUCAUGUCGCGAUUCAGGUGACGUCUGUAGAUGCACAAGAGAGGGAACGGUUGACCACGGAGGAGGAAAAUAUCGACGCGCAACUUCAAAGGAAGAUUUCUUUAGGAUCUCCUGCAACAAAAUGGAUUAGUGUUUAUAGUGGCCCUCAAGAAAUGAAGCAAAUAUAUGAAUUCGACGUUGAAGACUCGAUGCUCGCCCAAAAGAUUGAGAAAGGAAAAGAAGACGGGUUAUUUAUAAGUAGUGUUGCUUCUUGUUCCAAUCUUUGGGCUUUGAUCAUGGAUUCCGGUACUGGUUUCUCGGAACAAGUUUAUCAUCUCUCUCCACAUUUUCUCCCUAAUGAAUGGAUCAAAGAACAAUGGGAGAAGGGUUUUCAUAUCAGCGCAAUAGCCGGAGCCGGCAAUGGAAGUUCAUUAGUUGUAAUGUCCAAAGGGGUCCAGUAUUUAGAACAAUUGUACAAAGUGAGUGAUUCAUUUCCUUUACAGUGGAUGAAAAACAAAUGGAAAAUGGGAUAUUAUGUUACUGUCAUGGCCACUUCGGGAAGAAGGUGGGCAAUUAUUAUGUCUCUUGGCGCAGGCAUCUCCGAACAGUUUGUCGAACUAGAAUCGAAGUACCCGAGUGAUGGUAUUCGUAGAAGGUGGAAAAAUGGUUAUGAAAUCACUGCAACAGCGGCGACUGUGGACCAGGCUGCUGUUGUUCUUAGCAUGUCAAUGACCAAACAAAGAGAACAGGAGACAAUUCGCGGCGUUGAUUUUCCAACUAAAUAUAUCGAGGAGAAACGUCAGAAAGGGUUGUAUGUUACCUCCAUUUGCUAUGGCAGAACGGACGAGUGA